AUGCAGAGCGUGACGCAAAUGCAGCUAGCAGGGCUGUCGGAAGACAAGGCUGUGGCUAACUUCGACCGUGGAGUGGCAGAGAUUCGACUCAUGGAGAGCAUCUUCGACAAGACGAAGACAGCCAUCCGCUCAUGGGGCAAGUACGUCCCAUGGCCAGUUGUCCAAAUCCUGCUUGCAGCAGGUAUCGACUCGUCCUUGAAGAUGGGUACGACCGAAGUCACGAUGUUCUUUUCUGAUAUCGCCUCCUUCACCACGAUCGUGGAGAAGCUACCGCCGGAGAGAUCACUGGUUCUUCUCAGUCGCUACUUUAACGACAUGUCUCAGGUGAUUGAUACUCAUGGAGGCAUCGUGAUU